AUGGGUUUUGCUUACGUUUCGGGUCAAAGAUAAGACGUCUGACAACAAUUGUUGUGUGUUCAUCAAGACAUUGUUUAUAAAACAUCGAUUUAAAUUUAAGUAUACAAAAUAUGAAAUCUGUUCAAGUUGCACUUUUUGUUGUCGUCAUUUUUAUGGUUUUAGAUACGAAUUCCCAAGAAAUCGGUUAUGAUAGCGGUGGAUUUGAUGCAAAAAGUGUUCGAGUCCGUCGAAUAGUUUCCGUUCCAUCGUCACCGUCUCCAUAUCGUUCGUCAUCAGUAAAUAGAAAUAAUUAUAAACAAAAUAGUGAUCAAUCGAAUCGAGGAAUAGCAACAAACCAGUUAACAAGCUUUAGUGCAGGUCUUGAAGGAAAUCAACCAAGCAAUCAAGGAAAUUUCCAGGCUUCUAAGCCAGUUGUUGCAGUUGGAGAUUAUAGUAGCAACAAAUUGUCACACUUGAAUGGGGUUCAAGGUAAUGACUUAUCUCCUGAUCGAAAUACUUAUCCAAACACAAACAAUAGAGUUCAAAAGCCAAGUUAUCCUGGUAGCGGCCAAACAAAUGGAGAAAUUCAGCACCCGACCUCAGUUGAUAGCAAUAACUAUCGCAAAAACGAAAAUUUUAAUCUUGAAAAAAGUAUUCUAAAUCGGCCUUCCGUUAAUAAUAAUAACAAUGGAAUAAAUGGUGUCCAAAGCACGUCAUUAGUCAACAAAAGGCGACCAAUUCGGCAGGAUUCCGGAGAAGACUUCUAUUCAUCAAGUCAAAAUCAAUAUCAAAAUCAACAAACCCAAGACUACAAUAACAAUUAUAGUGAUAACGGUAAUUUUGAAAUUAAUGGACAAACUUAUCAGGGCACGCUAACAAAUCAGAAUGAUAAGGUACGUGGUGUUACACUAGGAAUAAUAGCUUCCAACGAUGGUUUCGUUCAGGCUCGCCCUCCACCAGAUCUUGAUCAGCAUACUAGCUUAAAAAAUCAUGAUUACGGAACAAGUAGCCAGUCUUAUAAUCAGAAUGCAGAUUCAAAUUUAAGCAAUUCGUUUAGCAGGGUUACAACUUCCCGACCAAAACAAUCAACAGAUCAAUUUUCCUCCAACUAUAACAAGAAUGAUUUAACUAGUAAUAAAAAUAAUUACCAAAGUAGUUUUCAAUCAGGUUUAUCAACAAGGCCAACUGUUCAGGAGGGAGAAAAUAUUAACAGUAGCCGCCAGCAAAAUGGAAAUCAAUUUUUUAAUUCUGAAAACUAUAAGGAUUAUCACGAGUCAAAUCCUGUACCUCAGGAAAAUAAUGAAAAUGUCAAUAAUUUUAGUAACUCAAAUAAGAAAAAAACAAAUAAUGGCAAUAAUGGGAAUGGAAACAGAAAUAAUAAUUCACAUGGUAAUGGGAAUAAUUACAACAAAGGCCUACAAUCCUCAGCUGGUCAUCAAGGAAAUAAACAAAUGAAAACAAAUAAUGUUGCAUUUGCGAAUGAUAGCAACAAUAAAAAUAUCUAUCAAAAUGAGAAUAGGAACGGAAACGGGAAUGGAAAUGGGAACGGAAAUAGAAAUGGGAACGGAAACGGAAACGGGAAUGGAAAUAAUGGAAAUGGGAACGGAAAUGGAAAUGGGAACGGAAAUAGAAAUGGGAACGGAAACGGGAAUGGAAAUGGGAACGGAAAUGGAAAUGGGAACGGAAAUGGACAUGGAAACGGGAAUGGGAACGGAAAUGGAAAAGGAAAUGGGAACGGAAAUGGGAACAAAAAUGGGAACGGAAAUGGAAACGGGAACGGAAAUGGGAAUGGACAAAAUAAGAAAGGCAAAAAAAGGGUCAGUCAAAUAAAAUACGAACAAUACCUUACAAGCAUAUUUCCUGAUUUGGAAAAUGAAGACGUACAGGAAGUCACCGAUUUUCAAGGAAGGAAGUUAGCUCGACCGGGACAAUUUCCGCACAUGGGUGCAAUUGGGUUUAAGAACAAUAUAUUCAAUAAGACAGAAUACAAAUGUGGAGCUAGUCUUAUAAGUGAUAUUUGGGCAAUAACGGCAGCGCAUUGCACUAAAUAUAAUGCGUUAACACCAGAUUUCAUUCGAUUUGGAGAUCUGAAUCUUAAAGCAGCUGAAGAAGAUGUUGACCCACAAACCAGAAGGAUAUCUAUGGUCGUAAACCAUCCUUCUUACAACGAUGAAUCACUAUACAAUGAUAUUGCAUUGUUAAAGCUGGAUAAGGUUGUAAUAUUUACAGAAUUUGUCCAACCAAUUCGAAUAUGGUAUGAGGAAGAAAUUCCCUUUUCAAUGGCAUACGCCAUGGGAUUUGGAGCUGUUCAAUUUGCAGGAAAACCAACAAACCGUUUGACCCAACUUGAUUUGACAAUAAUACCGAACGAUAUUUGCGCAAGGCAAAUGCCACGACAAUCGAACGCCAAGCAAGGAAUUAUUAGUAGUCAAAUAUGUGCAAUUGACAAUAAGAAAACACAAAGUGACACAUUUCAAGGCGAUUCUGGAGGACCUUUGGAAAUAAGUUUUUAUGCAUCGGAAGGGGGGCGUCUGCGGCAAUAUUUGAUUGGAAUGACAUCUUUUGGUGUUUCGGGCACUACUCGACUGCCAGGAGUCUACACUAGGGUGUCGUCAUAUGUUGAUUGGAUAGAAAAAACCGUUUGGAGUGCCGACUAUGUUUUGUGAUUUAAGUUUACUUUUUUAGAAGUACUAAAUACUUCAUUUUUUACUUUAAAUUAUAACAAUAAACCUAUUCACCUGUUAUGUACUAAGA